AAAAUACCGUUGGUACACUUUGAGUCAUCAUGCUAGUAAGCUAACAUAACCUAACUUAUUGUUAUCACUCAAAAAUCUAUAUCACAUAUUUCUAUGCACAUUCACAUUCCUCGAUUUCACAUCGUGAUAGCCAUUGUUUUGUUCUGAAUACUCCCUUUUCCGAUUCCCCCAGUCUCAAUACUUUUUUUGCACACCGCCUUCUUACCGACUCACAGUGCUCCUCCUUUUCUCUCUCUAGGAAAUCGGCUGUUAUUUAUUUGUUUGUUUAUGAUCAAAUUGAAGACUUUAACCAACCAACUAUCCCUUACGCUUUUCAAUUCAUAUAAGAGUUUAACAGGAAACUGGAAAAAUAAAGUUAUGGAACCGAACGACACUCGAACUGUGUGCUUGUCAGAAUCGGUGAACGGAGGCGAAGAUGUGUAUAGCAGCAAAGAAUCCGACGUUUCUUCCGCGGAUCAUCUUGUUGUAAUGGUUCACGGUAUUCUUGGAAGUACCGCAGAUUGGAAGUUCGCUGCGGAACAGUUUGUCUUAACACUCCCUGACAAAGUUUUUGUUCACUGUAGUGAACAUAACACGGCUAUGCUAACAUUGGAUGGUGUUGAUGUUAUGGGAGAGAGAUUAGCAAAUGAGGUCCUUGAAGUAAUCAAAGAUAAGCCUGGUUUACGGAAGAUUUCUUUUGUUGCACAUUCUGUUGGAGGACUUGUUGCUAGAUAUACCAUUGGCAGACUUUAUAGUCCUCCAAAAAGAGAAAAAGCAGAUGACUUAUCUACUGAUUCCCUCAAAGAAGGGUCAAGGGGAAGAAUUGCUGGGUUGGUACCCAUGAAUUUUAUCACUGUUGCCACACCUCAUCUUGGAUCAAGGGGAAACAAGCAGGUGCCAUUUCUUUUUGGAGUCACUGCCUUUGAGAAAGUUGCUGGCCAUGUGAUUCAUUUGAUAUUCAGAAGAACCGGGAGGCACCUCUUCUUAAGGGAUGAUGAUGAAGGGAAGCCCCCAUUGCUUAGACGCAUGGUAGAAGAUGAUGGUGAAUUGCAAUUCAUGUCUGCUUUGCGUUCAUUCGAGCGCCGGGUUUCUUAUUCAAAUGUUGCGAAUGAUCAUAUUGUUGGCUGGAGAACAUCAUGCAUAAGACGAAAUAGUGAACUGCCCAAGUGGGAAGAACCCUUGAAUGAGAAGUAUCCACAUGUUGUGUAUGAAGAACGGUGCAAAGCAAGUGAUGGUGAGCAGGGUGAUUCCAUUGUAAGGGAAGAUGAUAGUCAAGACAAGCUGGAAGAGGAAUUGGUGACUUUCUUAUCUCGUGUGUCAUGGGAGAAAGUAGAUGUCAGCUUCCAUAACAGCAAAAUUAAAUAUGCAGCUCAUAGUAUUAUCCAGGUAAAAGCCGAGAGUGUGCAUUCAGAAGGUGCAGACAUUAUACAACAUAUGAUUGAUCACUUUGUUCUCUAAAAGUCUCAAUUCUGAAAUGGAGGCCGUUCCCAGGUAUGUGCAUCAUCAAACAUGGGUGUCCUUUGGGUGCAAGCAAGGAUCAAGAUGCAAUAUCUGACUAUCUGUACAUCUGUCCGUAAGCUACAAAUUAAUGAAGCAGCUUAUGAGAGAUCUAAUGUAUUGCUUAUCAGCUUAUGUGCUGCAGUGUACAGAACACUUCAGUCUAACUAUUAAUCAGUUAUGUACCAGAUGUUACCACAUUGAGUCAGAACAUUUGAAAAGCCCUUGCGAAGCAUACUGUUAAUGUGUUAAGUGGGUCAGUGAAACUCAGUUGUGGGACAAUGCUUGUAAAUUUGUAAUCGAAUGUCCUUUGUUGUCUGUUGAGCAUGUGCUCUUCAAUUUAUGUAGGUACAGAAAUCCAGUAACUCUAGAUGGGAUUUUGGAUGUUUAUAAUUGGACUAAUUUCAGUCCCAGAUCAUAUUAAGCUAAACUCCGACAAUCUAUAAAAUACAUCUUCUUGACGAGUUUAUGUCGGACCCGACUUCAAUAGAUCAGAGUCAAUCAGACCAGUUUAGCAAAUUAUUGUCCAAUAAAAAAAUAUCUUUAG